AUGCGCCAAUAUUGCCAAUGGCGGCGACGCGCGCUUCUGCCCGCGAGCAGGCUAGGGUGGACAGCGUGCCGACUAGCGGAAGGACGGAACGCUGACGAACGGAACGGCCGGAACGCUGUUUCUUCACUUUCUUCAGAUUUAGUAGGCGCCUUGCUUGCGCUGCAAGGGCCUCAGAUGGCAUUAGCGGGCGUGCAGAAGGUUGGCGAGUUCACCGGCAGUGGGUUCAUCUUCAAGGACUCCAUCGAAGUGAUGUCAAUCGACGACCCCAAGGUCUCAGGAGUCACUAUCUUUGUGUCGGACUUCCAACGAUCAUUGACUGACCGCCUAUCGAAGGACUUCUUCAAUGAGCCAAGCCAAGCCUCGAUUACGUGUGCGCAGACCAGCCCCCUCAGAAUUGUUGGGAAGAUCGCUGGGAAGGAGGGUGAGGAGAUCUUCCAAGAGACCAAGAACUUCCUGGCGUUCAAGACGCUUCAUGUGAGGAGGAUCUUUGACGAGAAGAAGAAUGCGCUGGUGUACGUUGCUUACAGCACGCGCUUUCAAUCAGACAAUGACAAGGUGUCUGCUGGACGCUAUCGGACGUCCAUUUGCACAGUCCCACUCUUUAACGCAGUUGUACAGAAUGAUGCUGGAGCGCCAGGGGAUGGGUCAGGAUGAGCGAUGCAACUGAGAGAGGCCCAAUCCAUGUAACGUGUAUCGUCGUCAGGUUAGGGGUGCUUCUAGAGGUAUUUGCGGCUCCAAAAUUAUGGAGUUUGUGUUGAGUGUCCAAUAGUCCAGAAGGGCAAUUCGAGGUCUGCCAGCAAUAAGCUGUCAGUUAUUGGCAACUGAGGAUCAUUGUAAAACCGCUACGUUGCAGUGCCCAGAGUAUGGUCUUGAGGAUGAAGACUAUAAAUAACGGACCAUAGACUGCUUGUACACUGACAGGCUUGUUCACAGCUCCAGGCUGGCCUUUUUGACCGCAAAAUAAGCGAACAUCAACUCCGAGGACUGCUUUUAAUAAGACUAUAAUCAAGAAGAGUCCGAGUUAACUUGUGUCCGAGCCUCGAGGUGGCUUUCCUUCAGCUCACAAAACGUCGUGCCCA